UCAUAGUCACGUGAUCAACGCCGAAGGCGAGCUGGUUUGAGGCUUUAUAAACCGCCACACAGGUGUCCUUUUCACCUGGAACGAAGAAAGGUUGUUCAUCAUGGCGCUGGCCGGGAUACGAGUUGUUGAGCUGGCAGGCCUGGCUCCAGCACCGUUCUGCGGAAUGAUCCUGGCAGACUUCGGAGCCAAGGUGAUCCGUGUGGACCGCACCAAGGCCGGCGCCUCUUUGGAUACACAGACCCGGGGGAAGCGAUCGGUGGCCAUCAACCUGAAGACUUCCGAGGGUGUCGCCCUGCUCCGGAAGCUCUGUGUCCAGUCGGAUGUCGUACUCGAGCCUUACCGUAAAGGUGUGAUGGAGAAGCUUGGUCUAGGUCCACAGGAGCUGCUAAAGGAAAAUCCUGGUUUGGUUUACGCUCACCUGACGGGAUAUGGACAAAGUGGGAUGUAUGCUUCUGCAGCUGGCCAUGACAUCAACUACCUGGCCAUGUCUGGGCUUUUAUCCCGUUUGGGUCGUAGCGGAGAGAAGCCGUACGCGCCACUGAAUCUCUUAGCAGACUUUGCAGGCGGCGGGCUCACCUGUGCCCUUGGUAUCGUCCUGGCGCUGCUGGAGCGGACAAAGUCGGGGAAAGGACAGAUCAUUGACGCUAGCAUGGUGGAAGGAGCGGCGUACGUGGGCUCCUUUGUUUGGAAAUCCCACAGCAUUGGUAUGUGGGACCGUCCACGAGGAGAGAAUAUGUUGGAUAGCGGUGCACCCUUCUACGACACCUACCGGACAUCUGACGCCAAGUACAUGGCCGUGGGCGCCAUCGAGCCACAGUUCUACCAACAGCUCCUUAAGGGUUUGGAAUUGGACGCAGACCAGUUACCACCGCAGAUGAGCUUUGACGACUGGCCGCAGCUCAGGCGGAUCUUCUCGGAGCGUUUCGCCUUAAAGACCCAGGCGGACUGGUCCAGAAUUUUCAAUGGAACAGACGCGUGCGUGACGCCUGUGUUGUCGUUUGACCAGGUGAGCGUGCACCCACACAACCAGGAGAGGGGUUCCUUCAUGAAGGACUCCGGCGGGGAGGAAAGCCCUCGGCCGGCCCCGCUGCUCUCUCGCACCCCCGCAGAGCCUUGUGUCGCCUCUGGCCUGCUAACUGGAGAACACACAGUGGAGGUUCUGCAGGAAUAUGGGUUUAAAACAUCUGAAAUAGACAAGAUGCUUGCAGCAGGAGUUGUGGAAGCUAAUGCCGUUAAGGCAAAAUUGUAGAACAAAAAACGGUAGCACUUUAGUAUGGGGAACAUAUUCUAAGUAACAAAGACUUAAUUUACAGUUAUUUGGCCUCGGGAUCUUUCUGUGUGGAGUUUGCAUGUUCUCCCCGUGACUGCGUGGGUUCCCUCCUGGUACUCCGGCUUCCUCCCACCUCCAAAAACAUGCACCUGGGGAUAAAUAAAUGAUAAAUGGGUUAUACUUGUAUAGCGCUUUUCUACCUUCAAGGUACUCAAAGCGCUUUGACAGUAUUUCCACAUUCACACACACAUUCACACACUGAUGGCGGGAGCUGCCAUGCAAGGCGCUAACCAGCAGCCAUCAGGAGCAAGGGUGAAGUGUCUUGCCCAAGGACACAACGGACGUGACUAGGAUGGUAGAAGGUGGGGAUUGAACCCCAGCAACCCUCCGAUUGCUGGCCCGGCCACUCUACCAACUUCGCCACGCCGCCCCAGGUUGAUUGGCAACACUAAAUUGGCCCUAGUGUGUGAGUGUGAGUGUAAAUGUUGUCUGUCUAGCUGUGUUGGCCUUGCGAUGAGGUGGCGACUUGUCCAGGGUGUACCCCGCCUUCCGCCCGAUUGUAGCUGAAAUAGGCUCCAGCGCCCCCUGCGACCCCGAAGGGAAUAAGCGGUAGAAAAUGGAUGGAUGGAUGGUUAGAGUUAGGGUUGGAGGGUUAGGGUUGUACUGUAUUAUACUGGUUGUAUAAUAAGGCCAUGCAGAAUAAGGCAUUAAUAAGUACUUAAUAAUGACUAAUUAAGAGCCAAUAUGUUACUAAUUUGCAUGUUAAUAAGCAACUAAUUAAUGGUGAAUAUGUUCCCCAUACCAAAGUGUUACCGAAAAAACAAUUAAUUAAAAUAUUAAUAUUGUCUAAUUUUUUAAUGUUGUACAAGCUAACUUUUGGUAUUGAAAAAUACUAGAAAAAGUUGUAUUGACACUGAAAUUGAAAGUAUUGGUUUUGUAAAAUGAAUUUUAAAAAUAAAAGUCUUUAAAAAACAAAAAAAAAAAAAAAAUGUUUGUGGAUAUAUCAGUUAAACUGUGUUUUUAAGGUUGCUCAUGCACAAAAACCUGGCGUACACCAUUCGUCACAAUGAGAUGUAUCAAGAGUGAAAUCAACUAGGGCUGGGCGAUAUGUCGAGUUGGUUAUAUAUAUUGAUAUAUUUUUAAACAAGAUAUGAAUUGAGAAAAUAUAUCGAUAUAAUUUAGUUCACGUUAAAAUGACCAAACGCCGCUUAUGGGUGAGGGCCGACAUCCGGGCAACUGAGCUACAUACGGGUUCUUCGAGCCAUAGCAACCAGACUGGCGUUGAAAACAAACCGUUGCCAUUACUCUUUAACCUG